AAGAUCUUGGCACUACGGCGCAACCGUAUUACUUCUACUGGUACUGUAUGGUUUUUCUACAGAGUACAUUCUCGUUGUAUCCUCAGUCACGGUGCACCUCCGCCGCUCCGAAUUGAUCGUCCACGUGCCUCAUAUAUGUCAGGGCUUUUUUAUUCGAGGAUAAACUCUCCACGCAUUCUGCUCUCGUGAUGAUCAUCGAGAACCAGGUCGAGUUGGGCAAGUGGUAACAACGAGGACUGUGAGAGGUGCGCAAGAGGAGGAGCGAUGCCAGGUCGGUACCAAGCUGCGAUACCUAGUCAGAAAACAUCUCACAUGUCCUUUCUCUCCGGCAAAAUACAAAGCAAAUCCACAAGUCCUAUGGCAAAAUGUCCCUCAUUAGGCUGGCUUCCCCGGGCCAGUCCAUCAGGAACAGUAGCUCUAAGUUUCGCCUUGGCAUAUCACGCGAGGGAAGCGGGGAUGGCAAACCUGGCAAGCUUAUCGAGAUGAUUUUGAUCAGAUUGAUUCGGGUUUUUACCUCGGCGACACGUAUAAUUAAGCAACAUCACCGUUUCGUUUUUCUUUUUUCUUGAGACUUAGGAGAACUCAAAAGCUGUUGUUACCUUCUCUAUGUUGUUCGUCAAUUGAAGCUUUCUCGUGUUAUGUUUGCGGCUUUCACAGUUAUGCUCUUCCCUACGUCCCACACUCCAUCGUUUAUCUUACUCCUACCAGUCCUCGUUAGAUCUGCUAUUGUGACUUAUACAAUUCCCGAUCGUGCUCCCGACACAGCAACUGCCUUAGAUCCUGCUCCUGUCGGUGUUUCGUGGGUUGCAAGCUUCUUUCACCUGCUUCCGCACUGUUGACGGUUUUCUGUAGUUUCGAGUUCUUCGCGUUCCCGUCGUAUUUUAAAAACGUCACGGCUACAUCCCAAUGUCUGAAUAACUUCCGAACGCUGACGGGAACAUGGCCACCCAUUAGAAUAGGGGGUACAACUCAGUUAGUCAUAGCACGAUUUACUUGGUUUCGAUCACGCUGCUAAUGGACAUAAAGAGACCGGGCAAAAUACGAUGAAUCCAGUUCAGCAUACGUUGUAUACAGCGUGGCAGAUUCGAAGGAUGCUCCAGCAGCAUUGACGUUUGGCAAGUCGUUUUUCGAACUGGCAGCCACAUAUGCAGGGAACGUGGUGAUCGGUACAUACAUUUUCUCCGAAAUGCACAUAUAUUAUAUUUUCUAAGAACAUACAGGUCUCAACCGAGCUUACGAUGACAUUGAAAACACCAUUGCUGCUGCAAAGGUGGUCCGGAGCAGCAUGCCCAAUCUUCGUGCCAUUGAGCUAGGGAAUGAGCCUGAGUAUUACCUAGGAGCAAAACAGCCAGUUGCAGUAAAGGCUGGAACAUGGAAUCCAGCUGCGGACGCAAAGUCGCAGAAUCUUUGGAUCAAUAAGGUUGGAGAAGCAUUAGGGGGCUCUACAAUUAUUCAAGCUGGUAAUUCGAACUCAGACGCACCAACAUGGGGAAUCGAAGCACUAGUCCCAGGGUUGGAUGAGACCGCAAGAUCUUAUGUUUAUGAUUAUGCGCAUCACAACUAUCCUGGAGGAACUGUAGCUAGUCUGAUGAGCCAUCGUGGCAUUGUUGACAACAUGCACAAGUUUAUUGCGGACGUGGCACCAGCCACUGCUCUUGGAAAAGAGUAUGUUCUUGGGGAGACUAAUUCAGGUAUGCGUUUCUGGCCGAUCGUUCUGCUCCUGUUCUGACGAGGUUUAGUUUCGGGUGGAGGAGCUGCGAAUGUCUCCCCCACAUUUGGGGCCGCACUCUGGACAAUGGAUUACGUUAUCCACGCUGCUGUCCUCAAUAUCAAGCGUACCUACUUUCACCAUGGGACCGUUGGGCUUUGCUAUUACUGCUGGUGGGGCCGCUAUUCUAUGGGUAUGCAUAUUUCUUUCUUGGGAAAAGCUUGUUGAUAGCUAAAUGCAAAUAGGUGCACCUUAUUACGGUGCUUACGCUGCUCAGGCAGCCAUGGCCGGUGGUUCAUUCAUUUCUCAGUUGGACACAGGUUCAGACAACUAUGCUGUCUAUGUCAUCUACGACUCUGCCAGCAAGCCCAUUCGCGUUCUCUUGUACAACUCCGACUACUAUGAUGGAAGUGGUGCAAGAGGAAGUUCGAGUUUUGUCUUGAACAAUUUGCCAGCCUCGGUCAUGAAAGCAAAGAGAUUGACAGCUGCGAGUGCACUUUCCAGAUCCGACCAAGGUUCUAGCCCAACCUUUGGUGGUCAGACUUUCGCUGAUGUUACUUGCAAAAUCGGAGGAGUUGAAAAUUUCGAAACUAUAAGUGCCACUGGAAAGGGUAUAUCAAGGCUCACUGUUGCUGCUUCCGAGGCGCUACUGGUUUAUAUACAGUAAUAUGGUGUUUUGUUUGGGUUGCAGACAAGUUCAGAAACUUGAGAUGACGCACCUCAUCUGGUUGUCUACGAAUUGAGUUUUAGUAGGCUUGGCAAUUUUCAGUCAACACCCACGGUGCCCUUGCAGCCCUUAGAUAUAUCACUUUGAUGCAUUCGUCUUAGCCAUGGAGGUGGCGAGCCUAAGACGAAUGCUUGCGAUAGACCGAAGAGUCGCAGCGAACAUUUACUUGUACAAAUUCUACCACUAUUCUAAUGAUUGCAGACGAUUAAGAUAAUUACAUAAAUCAAACUAGAAAGAACAAGGACAAAAUUGGUUACGUUUUGUAAAACUUCGAGGGCAGCUGUGAAGUCGUUUGUCAACUAGCUUAUCGUCUUGGUUAAGGGCAGAAACGUGUGGAUUGGAUUCUUGACAUAGAAAUAGGCAUCCUCGUUAAAGCUACACAAUUUUCUGCCCCGACCGUUUAGACAGGGUAAAUAGCCUUGUCUGGUAAGAUAUCUUACAUAGUAGCUUCUUCAAAAAGACCCUUUUUGGUACAUCCAAAUACUAUAAAUUAACCUCGUGUUGCCUAUGUACCGAGCUUAUAAGAUCAUAAUCUAUCGCAGCACCGCGUGGGCGCGACACAAUGUUCACAAUCUCAACCCCGCAAUAGACAAGCAUUGAGGUUCGGAAAAAUACGAGCGGCUAUUAAGGUUUGGGUGUCCACAGAUAACCUCCCUUAAUCGGCAAACUCCGGGGAUAUCGGGGAGUUCCAAUUAGGCACCUGACGUCGUGGAAACUCUGUUUUUCCACGGGAGAAUUUCUCGGUUACUGUACCAUAGAGAACCUGACAGCAUUUCAUCGAAAACAAGGUUUAUCUUUCCGCAGCUUCGAAAAGCUUCGUAGCAAUAAGACUUUCUGAGAAGCUCUACUAAAAUGCUUGAGUGGGUUUGGGUUGAUUAGCAUUUCUUAUCUGAUCUUUGGGUUUCUGUAGUUUAUGAAAACAUAUCUCUGAGUAAGUCUUACAGAAUGUGCAGGACGCAAAAAUGGAUGUUCAUGCCGUCCUCAAAAUAUGGAUGUAUGAAGAAGGUGGAUUUGACAGGUCCAUGUGAAUCAUAUGCCUAAUCCACAUUGUGAAACGACCGUAUCGAGCACAUCUACAUGUCCGAUUCGCCAAUGAUGCUUGGUCUUUCGUCCGAGCUAUGAUAUGGGACCUAUCGAAGUAUUGGCCAUGGGUAAAUGUGACCACCUUCGUAAGUAUCCUUCAUGGCUAAAGUAGAGUUAACAUGACUGCCUCUACCCUUGGGGAUUCCUUUCCUGCUCCAGCGAGCAGUCUUUGUUUUGGAUUUGGACUAUUCACUGCGAUAAAACGCUCUGUUUGAUUAAGGUUGUCUUUGCGUCAUGAUUUCCUCACGCCUCCUUUCGUUCUUGGCAAUUUGGACUGCAGUUCCAUGUUUGGUAUCAUCAAGCUUGCAAAUUGUAGGCUUUUUAUUCAAUAGACUUCUACGCUUCCGGCAUUCCAAAAUGCUAAUUACAUAUCUUGCAGGUACCCGGCGCAUCUAUCACCAUAGUUAAUGCCCCCUACCAACAUAUGCAAGCUCAUGGCGGUGGUGUAAUCCUCGUCGACGGACUCUACUAUCAAAUCGGCGAGAACAAACUCGAUGGAUCGGCGUUCCAGUCUAUAAACUGUUACAGUUCACCAGACUUGGUGAACUGGAAGUUUGUGAACAAACUUCUUACAGUGGGACAAGGCGCUUCCGAUUUAGGGACUGGCAGAGUGGUGGAGAGACCCCAUGUUCUCUACAAUGAGAAAACAUACAAAUAUGUUAUGGUAUGUUCUGAAAGACGGGGCAGGGGCUUUCAAAAUUGAGCUAAUUGAUGCAACUUCAGUGGCUACAUAUUGAUAGCAGCAACUAUGGAGAAGCAAAAGCUGGUGUUGCGACCAGCGACACUGUCUGCGGCACAUAUACUUACGUGUGAGUUCUUCCGCACAAAGCUGAGGAUGGCGGAAAACCCGAAAAUCGAGACCUAUGGAAUUAUUCAAACUGGGUGUAUAUUGACUUUCAGUGCAGCAACUCAGUUAAACCUCUCGGAUACCAGAGUCGAGAUAUGAAUCUCUUCAAAGAUACAGAUGGAAUAGCCUAUCUUCUUACCGAAGACGUAAGCCCAAAACCUCAAAGACUUCUCAAUCAUGACGGCUGACUAUUUCGAAGAGAGUGAACGGUCUCCGAAUUGACAGACUGUCUUCUGAUUACUUGAAAGUCGAGAGCAACACAUAUCUUUGGCCAGAAUGUAUGUCUUGCUAACCCUCAAUUCUGAAUGGAACAGCACUGAUCCCUGGAGUAGUAUACGCCUACGAAGCGGCGGCGAUUCUUAAAAGAGGAAAUACAUAUUAUGCCUUUUCCUCAGAUCAAAGCGGAUGGGACCCCAAUGAGUGAGUAGAAGCAAGUCGUUAGCAACCAUGCAGCUUACCUUGUUAUACAGCAAUAUGUACUGCACUUCUACAAGUCUGUCUGGGCCUUGGAGCUCUUGGAAGCUGUUUGCACCUUCCGGAACGAAGACCGUGAGUCGAUCUGCACUUUCUGUUUGGAGUAGAUUCUGGAUCAUGAUGCUCUUGGCCUUAAUUUAAUUGAACCCCGGAACCGUCACCCAAGAAAUGCUGAUUUCAUACAAUAGUACCGAUCGCAAACAGCUGCAGUAGUUGACAUAAAUGGGGUUGCAAUGUGAGUCUCAAGUGUCUUAAGGUAGUGGAUAUAAACUGAUAUCAAUAGGUACAUGGGAGAUCGCUGGGUAUCUUCCAACCUUAUGAGAUCCACCUACGUCUGGCUUCCUUUGACGAUCUCAGGAACGACAGUUACUUUGGUAAAAAUAAAUUCGUUCAUGAAAUAGAAUAAGAACUAAAAACAUUCCCAGAACAACGAAGUGAACUGGACACUCGAUAUAGCCAGAGGGACAUGGGCUCCCGGUCCCAAAGAAACCCAAUACGAAGCAGAAGCAAGCGCAAACACCCUGGCAGGAGGCUCCAAAACGACUGCAUGUUCUGGAUGCUCAAGUUCAACGACUAUCGGCUAUAUCGGCGGUUCUCCCAAUGGGAAGCUAACAAUACCCAAAGUGAGCAGUACUGUAGCAACAAAUUCGACAAUAAGAAUCGGUUAUACCAACGCGGAUUCGACUCAGCGAUAUGCGACAUUGACCGUAAACAAUAACAAGUAUAUCGUGGCAUUCAUUCCAACCGGAGAUGAUAAUACUCCAGGAUCUGCAGCGGUAACAGUUGCAUUGAAUGCGGGCAGUGUCAAUACCUUUGUUUUCGAAGCGUAUAAUGGUGGCUGGGGUGAGUAG